CACCGAUUUCUGCACCAAAUGAGCCGCAUCUCUGUGCUCUGCCCACCGCAUAUCCCAUGGCCACGCAGACUAUGCACUUGGCCUGUGAGCCCUGUCGAUUCAGCAAGCGGAAAUGUGACAGAGUGAUCCCUGCAUGUGGUCGCUGCACACGAGUUGUCCGCGUCUGUUAUUACGAUUUGCAACGCGUACCUGCCAGGCUCGCCCACUGGUCAUCGGAGCCUGAUCGAACGAUACCGGACUGCGUUAAUACCCUGUCGCCUAGGCUGCAGAGCAGAUGCCCGAUCCCUUUCCGGUGGUAUAUGCCGCGUCUCUUAAAACACUACAACGAGAGCAUAGAAAGUUCUAGGGUGGAGUCGAACUGUAAAAGCGCAGCGUACAAGCUACAGUCGGUUUGGUUCCAGCACGCGCUAAACGAUCAGUGCUUAUUCCAUGUGACGCUGUACAUCGGAUCCUCGUACUUCGACAUCAAAACCGGGAACACGCCAAGCACAAUCACACUCCACCACCAAAAUGAAGUCAUCCGCAUUAUCAAUGAGCGGCUUUCGCAUCCCGUCGAGGCCCUCGACGACUGUACCGUUGCAGCCGUUGCUCUUCUGGCGCUGUUUUCGAGCCUCAGCAGCGAUCAAGCUGCAUCACAGGUUCAUACAGCCGGCCUCCGAAGGUUGAUUAGGCUCAAGGGGGAACAGGGACACAACGGACAAGCAGGCCUCGAUGGCCUGCUAGCGACCUUGAUCCAGAUGAACGACGUGGUCCAGAGCAUUAUAUUCGGGCCCGGAGAUUCAGACACGCUCCUCCCGCAGGGAUAUCACGUCGUGCCGCCACUCGGCCUCGAGUGCCGGGUUAUGGAGUACCGCGCCCUGCCAUACCGGCUCAUAGAAUCAUCGGAGCGGCUCUCCCCAAUGUCCUCCACACUUAGCGACUCCACCAUGAACCUCUUCCGCGAGAUCUACGCCUUCAAGAUUGAGAUCUCCCGCCUCGGAAACGCGACCGCAUACGCUCGGAGGCUUGCAUUGCGCGGGAGACGCCAAGAAAUACACCCCCCAGCAUCCCUUCUCAGCGACGACGACCCCAUACACUGCUGCUGCGUCCUGGCAGCGUCUAUAUUCUGGCUGUUAAUGGAAGCCCACUAUCAUUCCGAGGUCGAUGCCGAGAUCCUCUCCGCAGAAUCCGUAGCAGAAACGCUGGAUCGAAGCACUCGGCAGCUCAAGACUGCCCUUUCCCUUGUAGACGCUACCGCAUGGCUGAAAUCGAACCCCAUCGCGUACUGCUGGGUAUGCAUGGUCGGGGCGGCGGUCGCGCGCAGUACCAGCGUGCGCGUUUGGUUCUGGGUCAGACAGGCGGCUGUCUUGAGGAUUCUAACUGCCGUGGAUGAUUCUACUUUCUUGGAUGAUCUGUGGGUGCAUGUCGUUUGGCUUCGGAGGCUGGCUGCGGCUGUUAUUUCGUAAGAUGUAAAGUUUAUGCUGAUUGAGACUAUGAGAGCUACCCCCAAAGAUCUCGUAGGUAUAUUCAAUACCAAUCUUCCUCUUAUUA